AUGGCGAGCGCAAAUCCCCAAAAUGUCAUUCGCAGGAAACUCGUCAUCAUUGGGGACGGCGCGUGCGGCAAGACGAGCUUGCUGAGCGUAUUUACCCUCGGCUAUUUCCCAACAAUUCCCACCGUCUUCGAAAACUACGUCACCGACUGUAGAGAGGACUACGAGCGAUUGCGGCCCCUGGCAUACUCGAAAGCCCACGUCAUCUUAAUAGGCUUCUCCAUCGACACGCCCGACUCUCUCGACAAUGUCAAACACAAGUGGGUCGAGGAAGCUACGCGUCUGUGCGCAGGCGUUCCAACAAUCCUGGUUGGGUUGAAGAAGGAUCUUCGAGAGGACCCCGUCGCAAUCGAAGAGAUGCGCAAAAAGUCGCUUCGCUUCGUCACUCCCCACGAUGGCGAGCUCGCCGCCCGAGAAGUCGGCGCGAAACGGUACCUCGAGUGCUCCAGUCUGAGCGGUGAGGGUGUCGACGAUGUGUUUGAGGCCGCCACCCGCGCCGCCCUCUUGACAUUCGAAAAGGGCGAAGGCUCGGGCUGUUGCGUCAUCCUGUAA